ACAGCUGCUCUGUCACUAUUGUUCUCGCUUUCAGAUUGUUCUACUCCGUUCACAUCGAGGAUUACCGCCAUCGCGUCGCUUCGCUUCGCUUAUCUCCCGCGCGUCGCAUCGCAUUACCUGUCACAGGAACCCACUGCCAGGACUAUACUAUACGGGACUCUGCGUCUGCAAGUCUCAGCCUCUGUCAUCUAUCUCAUCGCUGCUUUAGUUGAGCCACCAGCAAUCGCCAGGCCAGCUUCUUCUCCUCAACAUCAUGGCUACUCAGAAGACUCCCGUGUCCAGCAUUGCUAUGGCCCUUGCCGGCAAGACGGCCUCUGUUGACAUCCCCAAACCGCGCUCCGGUUACUCUUAUGGCCAUCCUCCCCGCGCCGGUCGCCCGGCCAUGCUCCCUACGCCGCCGAACUCGAUCUCCCCUACCCUUCCUCCUCACGGCUUCCGGGCGCGUGAUGCCGGCUCUCUUCUGUCGCCCCCUCUUGCGACAUCACACGUUGACUCGGAUAUCGACCUCGGCGACGCUGCCGACCACGCGAACCCGCAUCAGCGCGAUGCGACUGCCACCAGCCUUGAGGUUGCCGGGGCGAUCACACCGGCUAUGCUGGCCAAGUACCAUCUCCCUGAGAUCUUGCUCCAGCACGGCCCCCUGGCAAUCCGCCAUGUGAUGGGCUACCUGACGACCUCGGUUCCUGGCUUCUCGGGGAUCCCCCCCGCAAAAGCCAGGCGAUUGGUCGUCGCCGCGCUUGAGGGUCGAGGAAGCGACGAUAAGAGCGACGUCGUCUAUGAAAAGGUCGGAUGGGGUCGUUGGGAUGCUCGGCGCCGCGGCGAACCGUCGCGCGAUUCAUCCCGUCAUGAAAUGUCGCCACCUUCCAGUCUGUCGGAUACUUUCCAGCGAGGGGUGCAGAUUCCGAGGCGGGAUAGCCUGCACCCGUAUAGCUCCAGCGUGGGCGGCUCCGCUGUCUUCUCGUAUACUGAAAUGGAGUUUGGUGGGCGCGAAGACAUGCUGGAGCAUGAGGCAGAUAAGAUGUCUCUGGACGGAAUCGACCGCGACUACUGCUCUUCUUCACCUGCUCCAGACGACGAGAUUCCGGACGGAGACUGGGGCGAGGAAGAUAUCACGGACGAAGAGGACUGGGCGCAGAUAGGCGCCGCUGAGCUGCGCGCGCGGUCUAUGAACGGUGGGGGUGGAUUUGUGAACGGGAGACAUCCGCCGCAGCUCCACGGUGGCGGACCGGCUUCGUCGUCUCUUGCAAAGUCAGCCCCACGCGCAACUCCUAUUCAACAGCUUGGAUUCUCGGUGCCGGACAGCCAGGAGCGAGCUGCGGUUGAGGCUCUCCUACGUCUUGGAUCUAUGUAA